UUGCUGGAUAGCUCCAUUUUCAUCAUGACUUUCCAGAAGAAAUUACUUCGCGGCACUUUAUUUUUCUCAGUGAUUCUCCUUGCAUCUGCAACUGGUUACGGUGGCGGCGGCAUAAGUGGUGGUAAUUUUGGUGGAUAUGGUGGCAGCAAAGGAGGAUUUGGUGGAGGUAGUCAUGCUGGACUUGGAGGUGGCGGAUACGGAGGAGGAGGAAGCGGUCUAGGCAAAGGAGGACUCAGUGGCAUCAGUAUUGGUGGUGGUGAAUUUAGUGGUGGAAACUAUGGUGGAACUGGAGGAUAUGGAGGAAGCAGUGGAGACGUUGGAGGAAUAAGUGGAGGCAAAACUCUCUUGAUUGCAGUGCCGGUUCAGACGUCCAUUGGAGGUGGAUCCAACGGUGGCUACGGAAGUUUAGGAGGAAGUGGAAGCAGUAAAGGUGGAUUCGGAAAUUUUGGUGGCCAUGGUGGAGGCAGUGGAAGCAGCGGUUAUGCUGGUUAUGGAAGUUUUGGUGGUGGAGGAGGAAGAGGUAAGAAAUAUGGAUUUGGAGGAAUAAGUGGAGGAAUCGGAGGUGGUGGCUUCGGUGAUCUAGGCGGAUAUAACCUCGGUAGUUUUGGCAGUGGAGGAUAUGGAAGCAGUGGAAAAGGUGGAUCUGGAAGUUUUGGAGGCUUUUUGGAUGGAAAUACAGGUGGUUAUGGCGCAGGUGGCAAUGGAAAAAAUGUAGCAAUUAUUGGAUUGAGCGUAACUCAUCUUGGAAGUGCUGGUGGAGGAGGUAGCGGCAUUGGCAUAGGAAGUGGAUCCGAUUACGGAUUUGAAGGUAUCAGUAGCGGAAGAUAUGGAAGUGGUGGAAGCAGUGGAAAAGGAGGAUUUGGAAACAUUGGUGGUGGUGGAUACGGAGGUGGAGGACUUGGUGGAAAAGGCGGAUUUGGCGGGAUUAGCAGUGGAGGUUAUGGAAGUGGAGGCAGUGGUGGAAAAGGUGGAUUUGGUGGGAUAAGAAGCAGUGGAUACAGUGUUGGAAGCACUGUUAAAGGUGGAUUUGGAAGUCUUGGUGGCGGAGGAUACGGAAGUGGAGGAAGUAGCGGAAAAGGUGGAUUUGGAGGAAUCAGCAGUGGAGGUUAUGAAGGCGGAGUCAGUGGUGGAAAAGGUGGAUUUGGAAGUCUUGGUGGUGGAGGAUACGGAAGUAGCGGAAAAGGUGGAUUUGGAGGAAUCAGCAGUGGAGGUUAUGAAGGCGGAGUCAGUGGUGGAAAAGGUGGAUUUGGAGGUUUCAGUGGAGGAAAUUCAAUUAGUGGAGGAUAUGGAGGAGGCGGAGGUAGCUACAAAGGCUAAAAAUGAAAUUAUACGUAAAAAUAUUUGCUCAAUUCAUUGACCACAUCAGUGAACAUCAUCACAGUAGAAAAUAUAAGAAAAAGUACUUUUUUCUGCAGUUAUUAAUCUGCAAGUUAAUAUGGACUGCAGUCUAUUAAGUAACUCGUAUUUUAAACCGCGUCAUCUUUUAUAAUUUCAUUCAUUUUAAUCAUAUGUAAAUGCUUAUUUUUCUAUUUUUUUACCAAAUAUUUAUCCCAAGUGUAUUUCGAAUGCUGAUGUAAAAUCAAUAAACCUGUGUUUUUUUAAUAAAAAAAAAUCUGAAAAGAGUUGAUAUCUA